AUGUCAUGGCAAUGCAUGUCUUUGCUUGUACGUAGGGACGGGCACUUGGUCGCUCUAGAGACCUGUAAUGUGCUGCUUCGCGAGGGCGAUGCCAAGCUAGUGGAGACUGAAGACGCCAAGAAGGUCAUCACGCUAGAGUGUGACCAAACCGCUGUACGCGACAUAGUGUUUGAUCCCAUGGGCGAGUACGUGGCCACUGCCAGUGCGAGUGGAAUGGCGCGCGUCUUCGAGAUCAACGGCACACGAGUGUACGAAGAGUCGCUGAUUGAGAAGACCGACGUUGCCACGUAA